GGAGUCUGUGUUGUUAUUUUCUGUCUUGUGAACGCGCGCGCGUGCGUGGAGUGCUCCUUUCGCGGAUCCAGGGAAAGCAACGGUGGCGCGGUGAGUCACGUGACCGUAUCUGCUGCUGGCUGAGUGAAGCGUGUUAGCAGAUUUUUCUAUUUUGUACAUACAUUGUUUUGUAUAUACUGUAUAUGAUGACUUCGUUAGGCAGCGACCGAGCCCGGGGCCCUCGGGACAAGGCGCUGCCAACAACCACACAGAACUCACAGCCACAGAAACAGCCACAGGCAACAGCCGAACAGAUCCGACUUGCCCAGAUGAUCUAUGAUAAGAAUGAUGCAGACUUCGAAGACAAAGUCAAACAGUUGAUGGAAGUGACGGGGAAGAACCAGGAUGAGUGCAUGGUGGCACUACACGACUGCAACGAGGAUGUGAAUCGAGCCAUCAACUUCCUCCUGGAAGGGACCUCGGACACGACCGCCUCUUGGGAGACCGUGGGGAAGAAGAAGGUGGGGAAAGACAGCGGCUCCUCAGAGACCAAGGAGAACAACCGCGACAACCGAGAGAACCGGGACAAGCGCGGAGAGCGAGAGGGCAGCCGCGGACGCGGCGGAGCCAGCAAGAAGGGCCGCGGAGGCAGCCGCAGCCGCCCAGUGCGUGCAGAGGAAAAUGGUGUGGAUGUUGCUCCUGUGGAAAGAGGGGGUGACCGUGGGCGCAGAGGGAGAGGAAGAGUGUCUGGAAGCAGGGGAAGAGGCAGAGCCCCCGGGACCAGCCGGUUUACAGCACAAGGAAUGGGGACCUUCAACCCUGCAGACUACACCACAGAGGGGGGGAACACAGGGGGCAGCCACACGGAGAACUGGGAGACAGGGGCCAAUGAUGCCACAGAUGGGACAGCUGCACCAGUGGCUUGGAAGAGCAGCAAUCUGGAGGACUGGGGUGCUGAAGACUGGAGUGAAGAUCUCUCCGAGACCAAAGUGUUCACUGCCUCUUGUCCACCUGCUACGGAGAACCACGUCACAGCUGGCCAGAGUCUGGACUUGGCAUCUCUGCUGCAGAAGCCGGCUGGCAGGGAGGAGGUGGGCGGGGGUCUGAAGGCGCCAACGGGCCCCAUCGGCCACAGCCUGGUGUUCACCAACUCCCACCACCACCAAACCACCCGCAACGGGGGAACCACACCGGGCACUGCCAGCUACGCACACGCCACUCUGUCGUCUGUGCUGGGCUCUGGUUUCGGAGAGCUGGGCGGCCCCAAGCUGAGUGGCCAGUCAGCCGGUGCUCAGAUCCUGGAGCAGUUGAAGGGACCAGGCCUGGGGCCGCUGCCCUCGCAGCCCCCCAGCGUGAGCAGCAGCUCAGGAGCCAACCACAGCCCCGUGGUGGGAUCGGGCCUUGGGGGUCCAUCGUCAGGGUCCGCUGUCGCCCCACCAGCCCCCUCAUCCUCAGCCACCUCUGCUCCGUCGUCGUGGGACAUGAAGCCGCCCGCCACGCAGAGCUCUAUGGCCAUGUCUUCUCAGUUUGGACGUGAGUUUAAGCUGCAGCCGGAGCCCUCCCUGGUGCUGAGCCAGCUGGCAGCCCAGCGGCAGACGGCGCCCAGCGCCCUGAGCCAUGCCAGCCCCCUCCCCCUGGCUCGCCAGCAGCCACCUCCGCAGCAGCCGCAGGCAGCCAGCCCUCCUCCCUCACUCUCCUCCACCACCUCCUCCUCCUCCUCCGCCCCACUAGGAGGAGCUCUGGAGCCCUUCUCCAAGCCGCAGGAGCCCUCACUCGGACCCUCCUCUCUGGCCCCUGCACAGCAGCAGCCGGCCUCUCUGGCCCCCCUGCAACAGCCCGACCCACAGGCUGUGGCCAACGCACAACAGCAGAGGCAGUUGAAGACGCAGAAACGCAGGAUACCUCCCACCUCCAAGAUCCCCUCGUCUGCAGUGGAAAUGCCGGGUUCAGCAGACAUAUCUGGGCUGAACGUGCAGUUUGGGGCGCUGGACUUUGGCUCGGAGUCGGCCCUGCCGGACUUCAGUGCUACACCUGAGGCCUGCACCGCCGCUCCCACGAAUAGCAGCAGCAGCAGCAGCAUGGAGGCUCCCCGGGAAUCUCCUGUCGUCACUCAAACACAGAGCAGUCUCUACUCCAAACCCAUCAGUGAGUCUGUGAGCAACCCGGUGCCGUCGGCCCUGCUGCUGCCCCCCAUGUCCUCCUCGGACAGCCUCUACCCCUCUGCGGUGUCGUCGGUGCCCAGCCUGCCCAGCCUGGCUUCCUCCUCGCUCAGCAGUGCGGUGCCCAGCGUGGCCGCACCCUCGGCGCCACCCCCCUCCUCCGUCGUGUCCUCAUCCUCCUCAACGGCUGGCGUCAGCAGUUACGACUGCGGCGUAGCGCCACCGCCACACUCGCGCCUCGCCUUCUCCCAGAGCAAAGACGCACCAGGCCCUGUGACGAAUGGUUAUAAUGGUGUGAGGACCUCUGCUGCUCUUGACUCCACAUCUGCGUCCUCCACCCCCAAGCCGGAGUCUCCGUCUCUGGGCAGUGCCGUCAGCGGUCCACCCUCUGCCCCCUCAGUCCACAUGCCCCCCUCGGUGACCCCCCACAGUACCCCCCUCUCCAACCUGGCAGCUGAGCUCCCGUCCUCCAGCCUCCCCCCUCUCAGCAGUCAUGUAAGCAGUGGCCACUCCUCUGUCUCAGCACUUGCUACCAGCUCUUCUCUCGCACACUCCAGUCACAGUGUGGACAACGUGAACUCGUCGCUGGCGGCGCCCUCUUCCUCCGUGGCGUACUCAGGGGCCCAGACGGCGGGGCUGCCCAGCAGCAGCGUGGGCUCGGUGGGCAUUGCCAGCAGCAGCGCUGGCCUGCACGGCUCGGGGCCGCUCGGCCUCACUGCAAACGGGACCACGACCAAUGCCAACGCCAUGUCGGCGGUCAGGACCACACCGCUGCUCUCCUCCUCCACCAGUAAAGCUCCUCCUAACCUGUCCCAGGGGGUUCCUCCUCUCCUGCCCAACCAGUACAUCAUGGGUCCCGGAGGCCUCCUGCCAGCAUACCCGCAAAUCUAUGGCUACGAGGACUUGCACAUGCUGCAGUCCAGACUACCCAUGGACUACUACGGCAUCACAUUCCCAGGCCCUGCGGCGGCGCUCUCCAGCAGAGACGGCAGCCUUGCCAACAAUCCUUACUCAGGUGAAGUCACAAAGUUUGGGCGGGGCGACUCCACCUCUCCGGCGCCCCCGACGUCCCUGUCGGCGGCCCACGCGGCGCCCCCUCCGCAGGCCCCUCCCCCGCAGGCCCAGAGCGGCAGCGGCAGCGGCCCCCAGACGCAGGGCCACCACGGGGCCCAGCAGGCCUUCCUCAACCCGGCGCUGCCGCCCGGCUACAGCUACACGGGGCUGCCCUACUAUCCCGGGGUGCCCGGCGUGCCCAACGCCUUCCAGUACGCUGGACAUACCAUGUUCGUGCCCCCGGCCUCCGCCAAGCAGCACGGCAUGGGGCUCGGCAACGCCCCGCCACCCGCCACGCCAUUCCAGCAGCCCAGCAGCUACGGCCAGCACACCUUUAGCUCAGGGUACGAUGACCUGACACAGGGUCCGGCAGGAGCGGAGUACAGCAAAGGCUACAGCAGCUCCUCCCAGACACAGGCCAAAUCUGCUGCCUCCGGCCCCGGGAAAGGUGUCUCUGUGACGUCCAGCAACUCCGGCGUGCCAGAUAUCAGUGGAACAGUUUACAGUAAGACCCAGUCAUUUGAUAAGCAGGGUUUCCAUGCUGGUACCCCUCCUCCGUUCUCCUUGCCGUCUGCUCUGGGGGGCACGGGUCCUCUCACCCCCGGGGGUGCUCCUGGCUACGCCCCCGCCCCCUUCCUGCACAUCCUGCCCCCCCAUCAGCAGCCCCACUCUCAGCUCCUGCACCACCAUCUGAGCCAAGACACACAGGGUGGUCCAAACCAGAGGAGCCAGUCCAGCAGCAUGCAGCAGAAGACGCAGGUCAACAAGUCCAGUUACGGCAGCUCCCCUUACUGGGGCAACUAAGCGAGCGAGCGCGAGUGUGUGUGUGUGUGUGUGAGAGAGAGUGAGUGUAUAAGCACAUGCGUGUCGCCUGUGUGUUAGGUGGCAUGUGAAUUUGGGCACACAUGCUUCCAAGCACACUCCAUAGGCUAACAACCUUGUUAACCGACGAAUGAGCAAGGCAAAAUGCAUCUCUGUCAAGACACGCAUGCAAGUGUGCGCACACACAGUCACUCACGCCCUCGCCCCACACUCAAAACAGAUAACAUAUAUACACACUACCUUCUCCCUGAUGCUCUCUCAUCUCCCCCCUUUUCAAAGUUUUGGCUGUUGUAUGUAAAAUAUAUUUAUGUACGUAUUUAUACAGUAUGCUAUGUAUUGGUAGGGUAUGAAAUGUGGUCAUCUGCAUUUUGUUUUUGAAGGAUCUUUUUAUUAAUUUCCAAAAUGGUUAAGAUAUAAAGUUAAAAAAAAACAUUGGUGCAGAGUCUAAGGUGAGACAAACAACUGGCUGAAACUUAAAAAAAAACUGAAGGUGAAUAUACUUGAAUCAGUGCAAGCAUCAUGAGAGACAGCAGUUAGUUUUUAUUUUAUUUUUUGUAUACAUACACAGAAAUUCUAAAUGACAGUGUACAUUAUCGGAGCGCAUCAUCCUAGUGGUGAAGCCUUUUUUAAAAAACUUUUUGUAUUUUUUUUUCUUUUUUGUCCGAGCCCUUUCUGUUACCCCCUAAAAACUGUUUUCUAUGAAAUGAGGGUGGGGUUAUUGGCUCACUGGCCAUAUACCACUCCUGAAUUUGUGUUCCCUCCCUGACCAAAAUUCCCCUCCCUUGUCUAAAAAUUGGCUGAAACACGUAGCUGCAGUGUAAAGAAUUUGCAUCGUUUUUCAGUUUUUGGUUUUACCCCCUUGUUGUCCAAAUAAAAACAAAAGACCCGA